UAGUGUCGAAGACCUCAGCCAUACGGCCGUAACAUUGACCCAAGGGUUGUCUCAACGAAUGAGUCGUUAUUGUGUGUGUUUCUUUUGUAGUUUUUUUUUUGUUGUACACAUCCUCUGUUCAAGUGACUUGGAGUUUCUGUAAUGAAUUCCUCAAUUACAAAGUGAAUGAGAUUAGAGAGCAGAUUGUCGACGACGACUCGUCACUUAAUAGAAUGAAUCGCGACGACAACCUAUGCUGGUUCCAUGGAAAAGUGUCUAGGGAUAGAGCUGAGCAAAUAUUACGCGAAGAGGGACAAGAAAAUGGAGUUUUUCUUGUGAGAGAAAGCAACAGUUCCGACGGUGACUAUGUUCUAUCAGUGCUAUACAACGAUGAUGUGUGCCAUUACCAAAUACGUCGUCACGGCGAAGACGCAUUUUUCUCCAUCGACGAUCAACAGCCGAUCCACGGAUUGGACUCACUAAUCCAACACUAUCAAGAAUCAGCGAACGGCCUGGUGUCACAACUAAAGUUUCUGGUAAAAUGUGAUCCACCACCGCAUAAUACACGCAGCCACGGCCGGACGAAUCUGUUGCAUCGUGCCACGAGAGAGGGUAAUCUAACGGUAGUGACGGAAUUGCUGAAAUGUGGUUAUCGUAAUAUCGAUGCGAAGAAUGAAGAUGGUCAGAUUGCGGUUCAUUUGGCGUGUCGAUUUCAGAACGAAGAAAUGAUUAAAAAACUGAUUGACAGUGGAGCGAAUGUUAACUGUCGGGACAGCGAUGGAAACACGCCGUUGCAUUACGCCUGUCGCACACAACCGGCAACGGUGGUGAGGAUGCUUUAUGAAGCAAAAGCUAAUAUUCAAGCGAGGAACAACAGUACUGGAUGCGUUCCAUUACACGAUGCAGCCAAGAGUGGUAAUAUGGACGCUGUUCGAGAAUUGUUAUCGCUUGGUGCUCCACACAUGCCGAGAUCUACAUUCGGCGAACUUCCCAUUGACUUUGCUAAAGAAGGCUGUUACACGGACGUGGAAAAGUUCCUGGAGAACUACGUUCCGCCACAGCCCACCGUCUACAAGUAUCAGUGGUAUCAUGGUACGUUAGACAGAUCUGAAUCGAUCAAAAUUCUUAAAGAGCAUGCCACAACCUUAGCCAGAUGUGCCGGUGAUCCUGAUCCGAAUCAGACCACUGAAGAAUUGGAGAGGAAUCAGGAAAUGGAUUUUUCGUCGGGUGUGUUUCUGAUACGGUACUCUGAAAACAGUGGCGACGACGUACUGACAUUGCUGUGUGAUUACCAGCCGAAGCAUUUCAUUAUUCAAAAAUAUCUUUCAUUUCUAUUCAUCGACGAAGGCCCGUACAUGCCGUCGUUAGAGCACUUGGUACAGCACUACAUGCACUUUUCGGAUGGUCUACCGAUCAAACUACAGUACGGUGUGCCGCCAAAGCCUAAACCACCACUUCCUCUUCCAUCGACUAUACCUCGGAAGCAGCGGAGGAAUAUUGUCCCAUUCAAUGCUGUUGACAAUUUGACACCGAAAAGGGACAGUCGAUCCAACAGUGCCUUAGAACUGAAUCUUCCCACCAAAUAUCCGCCGCAACGGAAUAUGUCAAUACCAUCGGACAAUCUGAUGAACACGGUGGGCAUAGCGAUUUCACCACCUGACUCGAAAACGAAAGGGAAAGACAAAGAUCGAAACAACGACCUCAAUUUCCGCAGCCUCAAAUUAAAAUCGCCGAAGAAAAGCAACAUCCUCAUCGAUGGCAUGAAGAGCUUGAGAAAAAGCAAGUCCAAGAAAACAGCCACAGAAACGACCGUUAAAGCUGACGUGGAGGAGAUACCGUCGACGUUAAAGAAUUUGUCAUUUUCAACCGAUUUGAAAUUAACCGACGGUUUUUACAAUGUGCCCACAAACAACAGUGCCGUCGAAGACAUUGAGAUCGCAAGAUCAUCGAAAGAAUUGCCGAAUCGCAGUGUAUCCCAUCCGGACAAUCGGAACAAUAAUCCGUCGAUAUCACAAGACUAUUUCGUUGCCGGUGACAAUAACACGAAUGCCGACAAGGGAUCGGAAGAGAUUUACUUUAUCGAUGCGCCAACGGUGCCAAAAAUCGAACUGCCCUCAACAUCCUUUCAAUAUGUACCAUUCAAGCAUGUUCCCUACUUUCCCGACGAAUCGCCGCAACCAAUCAACAACAACAAUCCAAUCGAAGCGGCCGCAUUCAGUGACCCACGUUUCAAUAGAUUGGACUCCACAAUGUCGAACUGCAGCAUGGACAGCGAGUAUUUCGCUCAACAUAAAAACAUAAUUGAUGCGCGGAUAACAACACCGAAUUACUUCAUACCCAAAGCCAAUUUACAACAGAACGACACACUCGGCGAGGGUGAAUUCGGUAGUGUAUUCAAAGGCGUACUGAAAUCGAUCAACGGUUUGGAUGAUCUUCCCGUUGCCAUAAAGACACUUCACGACGAACACUGUAAACAGAAUAGAACCGAAUUCUUGAGAGAGGCCAGCGUUAUGAUCAAAUUGUCGCAUCAUUGCAUCGUUAAGCUCAUCGGAAUAUCUAAGGGUCCGCCAUUGAUGAUGAUUCAGGAAUUGGUACCACUAGGUUCGAUGCUAACCUAUUUAAUCGAACAUCCCAACGAGGUCAAUCCGAAUUUUGAAUUGAAAAUUUGGGCAUCACAGAUUGCCUGCGGAAUGAGUUACCUGGAAUCGCAUCAUUUCGUGCACCGUGAUUUGGCGGCUCGCAAUUGUCUGCUGGCAUCCAAACAUCAAGCGAAAAUUUCCGAUUUUGGUCUGUCUCGGGCUCUCUGCACUGAAAGCAAUUACUAUCAAGCGAGUCAAGGUGGUAAAUGGCCGAUUAAAUGGUACGCGCCCGAGAGUUUCAAUUACGGUAUAUUUUCACAUGCCAGCGACGUGUGGUCGUUCGGUGUAACACUGUGGGAGAUUUGGACCGGAGGUCUGCCACCGUGGGGUGACAUGAAAGGAGUGGACGUUAUAAAACUGGUCGAAAUAGGUAAACGAUUACCACGACCAGAUUCGGUGCCUGACAACGUUUACCGCAUCAUGGAGAAUUGCUGGAAUUAUAAUCCGAAAGACCGUCCUACGUUCCAGUAUUUGACACAAUUCUUUGCCAACGAUCCAGACUAUCAGAAUUUGAUUGAACUUAUCAAUACGGCGAACAUCAGCUGAAAAGGAUCGUCUUUUUGCUGCUCAGAACAUUUGACAUAGAGACGUGUCACAUUCAAUAAUCUCAAAUCAGUUGUUUCGGUAAGUAUAAUUUUCGUAGUGGAAUUUAAUAGAUUUUGUGUUUUAGUUUUUUAAUCAUUGUUUAGAUGAUAUAGGCCCUUGAAACGGUCGUUAAUACUCGGCAACAUUUCAGGUUGUUUCGUUAAAGUUAAAGUUAAAAUUUAUAUUUUUUUUGUCCUGUUAUUUAUUUAUCGAUAAUUUUAUUGAAUUUUUAUUUUUUUGACUUUAUUUUUGUUUUUUUAUUAUUUUUGUCUUCUUCACAUUUCAAUGAACUAACAUUCCUUUCAGUAAAUUGUAGAGAGCAUUUUAACCAUUUUUUGAUCAUUGACAAAUUUUUAGGUUUUUUUUAUUUAAAAAACAUUUUUUUAAAUCUACUGAGUGACCGUGUUUUGAUGAACCCGUACCAUCCGAUUUUUUUUUUCAAUUUUAAUGAGAAUACACAUUUGAGUCGAUCUUUACAACAGGCUUCCCACUCAUCCAUAUUAUUAUCUUCAUUUAAAAUAAAAAAAAAUAAAAAUACAAAUGUAAUAAUUGUCUGGAGUAAUUUUAUCGUUUUCGUGUGUUUAUUGACCUCGGUUACGCCUCGGAUCAACAAAAUUCACACGAAAACUUUACUUUUCCUCUUUUUUUUCCUAGUCAUGUAAAAGACUUUUUUUUGUUGAUAAAUCGUAAAACUAGGAGUGAAAUUUCUAUGAAACUCGGACCGCGCACAGUUUUUCCAAAAUUCGAAAAAACGACGUGAAUAAAAUCCAGGGAAAAAUCAACCGAUUUUCGUGAUCCUUUUUUUCUUCUUCUUCUUCUUUUUCUGCCUUUUUCUAUCCACUGCUGGACGUAGGCCUCCCUAAUUCUCUUCCAUUCCAAACGAUCCGUUGCCACUUGUUGCCAACUUGCGCCUGCAAUUCGCUUUAUACCAUUAUUCCAUCUCUCUGGUGGUCUACCUCUUGG